AUGGCCCAGAUGAUGAUAUUGAGCUGGUCUGGAACGCGGCUUCAGCAUGUAAUCAGCGAUGAGAAUUCCAGCUUCUUUCACCAACAAUGCGACAAAGCUCUGGCCGUGUUCCGAUCGCACGGUGUCGUCCACAGCGACGGUGAGGGGCGCAAUAUGCUAUGGGAUGACCUGGGUGGCCGUUUGGUUGUCAUUGACUUGGAGGACGUGAGGUGGCUGAAGCGUCCUCGAACUCUAGAACCAAUAUCCGGCAACACGCGGCGUGGUCAUCGCGUUGGGAUGGGGAAAAACAGGCAAAGCCUGACUGUCCAGGUUGACUGCUGUGUGCACAUGAAGGUCCACGGAACCAUGGAUCACCGCGUUGGUUAA